CCCGGGCUGAGCGGACCGCGGUGAGCCCCGCUCGCUGGCUCGCUGGCUUCCUCGCGGUCGGCCUCAUCCGCGAUCAUGUCCAUCCACAUCGUGGCGCUGGGGAACGAGGGGGACGCGUUCCACCAGGACCACCGGCCGUCGGGGCUCAUCCGCACCUACCUGGGCAGGAGCCCUCUGGUCUCCGGGGACGAGAGCAGCUUGCUGCUGAACGCCGCCGCGGGCACGGUCGCGCGCCCCGUGUUCACCGAGUACCAGGCCAGUGCGUUCGGCAACGUCAAGCUCGUGGUGCACGACUGUCCCGUCUGGGACAUUUUUGACAGUGAUUGGUAUACCUCUCGAAAUCUAAUUGGGGGUGCUGACAUUAUUGUGAUCAAAUACAAUGUAAAUGACAAGUUUUCGUUCCAUGAAGUAAAGGACAAUUAUAUCCCAGUAAUAAAAAGAGCAUUAAAUUCAGUGCCAGUGAUCAUCGCUGCCGUUGGAACAAGACAAAAUGAAGAAUUGCCUUGCACAUGCCCCCUGUGUACCUCGGACAGAGGGAGCUGUGUCAGUACAACGGAAGGGAUCCAGCUUGCUAAAGAACUAGGAGCCACCUAUCUGGAGCUCCACAGCCUCGAUGACUUCUACAUAGGGAAGUACUUUGGAGGAGUGUUGGAGUAUUUUAUGAUUCAAGCCUUAAAUCAGAAGACAAGUGAGAAAAUGAAGAAAAGAAAAAUGACCAACUCAUUUCAUGGGAUUCGACCACCUCAGCUCGAACAACCAGAAAAAAUGCCUGUGCUAAAGGCUGAAGCGUCGCAUUAUAACUCCGACUUAAAUAACUUGCUGUUCUGCUGCCAAUGUGCCGACGUGGCGUUCUACCACCCAGAUGUGAAGGGGGCCGUGGAGGCGCACAAGAUCGUUCUCUGCGCCGUCAGCCACGUGUUCAUGCUGCUGUUCAACGUGAAGAGUCCCACCGACAUCCAGGACCCCAGCAUCGUCCGCACGGCCCAGGAUCUCUUCGCCAUCAACAGAGAUGCGGUGUUUCCAGGCGCCAGCCAGGAGCCUCCGGGCAACCCGCCCUUACGGGUCGUUGUCAAAGACGCCCUCUUCUGUUCCUGUCUGUCAGACAUCCUGCGCUUCAUCUAUUCAGGUGCUUUUCAGUGGGAAGAACUGGAAGAUAACAUCAGGAAAAAGUUAAAAGAUUCAGGAGAUGUUUCCAAUGUAAUUGAGAAAGUCAAAUGCAUCUUAAAAACACCAGGGAAGAUUAACUGCCUAAGGAAUUGCAAGACCUACCAAGCCAGAAAACCUCUGUGGUUCUAUAGUACUUCCCUCAAGUUUUUUCUUAAUAAGCCAAUGCUUGCCGAUGUUGUGUUUGAAAUACAAGGUACCACCGUGCCAGCCCACAGGGCCAUCCUGGUGGCCCGUUGUGAAGUGAUGGCAGCCAUGUUUAAUGGGAACUACAUGGAAGCCAAGAGCGUCCUGAUUCCAGUUUAUGGUGUUUCCAAAGAGACGUUCUUGUCAUUUUUAGAAUACUUAUACACAGAUUCCUGUUGCCCAGCUGGCAUUUUCCAGGCCAUGUGCCUCCUGAUCUGCGCCGAGAUGUACCAGGUCUCCAGACUGCAGCAUAUCUGUGAGCUGUUCAUCAUCACGCAGCUGCAGAGCAUGCCCAGCCGGGAGCUGGCCGCCAUGAGCCUCGACGUCGUCGACCUGCUCAAGAAGGCCAAGUUCCACCACUCUGAUUGCCUCUCAACCUGGCUACUUCAUUUCAUCGCCACCAACUACCUCAUAUUCAGCCAAAAGCCUGAAUUUCAGGAUCUUUCAGCCCAGGAUGGCCUUGAGCUGCCACCACCUUCCACAUGCUUGGAUUGCAGUGGAAGAACGCAGUUUUGUUGAGAAACACAGAUGGCCAUCAAAUGUGUACUUGAAGCAGCUCGCAGAAUACAGGAAGUACAUUCACUCCCGGAAAUGCCGCUGCUUAGUAAUGUGACCUGGACCUUUUAUACACAUACGUACAUCCUCUAUUAUUAUCAUUAUUAUCACCAUGAAGAAUGGAUUGCCUCUGCAUUCUGGUAAAACUCUUAGGACUAAAAUCAAUAAGAGUAUUAAAAAAUCAUUAUAAGCUGGGCGUGGUGGCGCACGCCUUGAAUCCCAGCUCUCGGGAGGCAGAGGUAGGAGGAUCCUCAUGAGUUUGAGGCCACCCUGAGACUACAUAGUGAAUUCCAGGUCAGCCUGGGCUAGAGUGAGACCUUACCUCGGGGGGGGGGGGCAUUAUAGAGCUUUUUAUUACCUUCCCAAAAAUAUAUAUAUUGUGGUCUUAAAAGGGAAC